GCCUUGUAGGGUGGGCGUGGUCCGAAUUUGAGAGCGGAACUACGGCGUGCACACGUCUUGCUCAUCCCGGCCACUUCCGUGUGGAGUGGAUGAAAUCGCGGCCCGAGGGUACUGAAGGUCGGGACAGACAAUGGCCAAGAACAAAUUAAGGGGGCAGAAGUCCAGGAAUGUAUUUCACAUAGCCAGCCAAAAGAACUUCAAGGCCAAAUGCAAAGCAAAACCAGUUACCACUAAUCUUAAGAAGAUAAACAUUGUGAAUGAAGAAAAAAUUAACAGAGUGAAUAAAGCUUUUGUCAACAUUCAGAAAGAACUUGCACACUUCUCAAAAGGCCUUUCUCUAGAACCUCUGCAAAAAGAAUUGGGCCUUCACCACGAUACCCGUACAAUGCUGUUCCAAUCUUCCAGUCACCAGAACCACAGCCAAGUACACCAUUUUAUUUUAUAAAGCACCCAGCCUCAAAUUUUUGCCACUGCAAAACCAAAUGGACUGUGACACAUUUACUCAACUAUUUACUGAAAGCUGCAAGGGAUGGGCUGAGUCUCCACUGGUAAUACACAAGACAGUUCCUUGCCUCAGAGUACUUCACAGGAAUACACAGUGAACAAAUGAAGAAAUAAGUUAUGGGUAUGGAUUGGUAAGAAAAAGAGUAUGCUUAGAAAAGGAAUAAAAAUAUUUUAGCCAUUUUAUAUUAAGGGGAGGAUCAAGAAAAGCAUCUAUACUCGUUUUCUAUUACUGUUGCCACAAAUUUAGUUCUUGAAAACACUACAAAUAUAUUGUCUCAUAACCCUGUAGAUGAGAAGUUUGAAAUGGGUCUAAGCUAAAACUUAAUGUAUUAGAAAGGAUUUUAUGCAUUCUGGAAGAAUUCAUUUGUGCUCCCAACAAAUAAGAAAUGGAUAGAGAAAAUGUACAAAACACAGAAUAGUACUCAGCCAUCAAGAAAAA